AUGGUGAGUUCGCUCCAGUCUAUCGUAUUAUUUUCCGUGCCGAUUGCGAUCCUGAUAGAUAUGCUGAAGAUCUUGCAUCACCUACCCAUGGGCCACGAGUUGUUCCGCACGCUGUUUAGACGCUGCACCCACGAGGAGUUACGUGCCUGGGCCAAAACGUUCCCGUGGGAUCAUCCCGUUGCCAGGAAACUGGAUCACGAGGUCCAUCGACGCCGUAUGGCUGGUGAGUUUUAUGGCUUUUCAUUUUUUCGGGUGUGGGACCCUUUUUCCUUAUACCUUUUUUUUGAUUUUUAUAGAAGUAUUCAAGGGGUUCGAGUUUUUACGAACCGUGCUGUGGCCAGUCCACCUAUGUCUUUGCCCUCGACGUGCCAGACUCAAUUGGGCCGCGCGGUUCUGGGUUCCAAACUGUUCAUGUUGAUUUUUUCAUUUGUUAGAUUCUUGGGAAUAUGUAGAAAACCAACCCGUCUGCCACAUUUAUCAAUGGGUCGCCCAUCCCACCCAUGGCGGGGUGUGCAACCAUUGUGAGCGUAUGAUGGAUGGAUUCAGACUUGAUGACAUGAUUGCAGGCCUCAGGGUGGGGACCCUCACCGAAGAUGAAAUUGUAGAAUAUGUACAGAGUGGGGACCCCAACCAUCGAGAUUGGGACGAAUGGCCCCUUCGUAUGACCUUUAGGAUCAAUUCGUUUCUCCGGGAGCAUGGUCCUGUGGGUGAUGCGGAUUUGGAGGCCCUGGGCUUUUUAGAGGAUUAA